AUGUCAACACUCGCCUUGAAAGUCCUAUGCAAGUCUGAACUGGACCAAAAUGUCGAGGAACAAGUUCAAUGUGAAAUCGAAAUCCACAAGAAUCUCAUCCACCCAAACAUCAUCUGCCUCUACAGCUCUUUCGACGAUAAGGUGCAAAUAUGUUUAGUGCUUGAGUUGGCUCCGAAAGGAACGUUGUUUGAUCGCGUUUUGGAAUGGUGCCGUGUUCCGGAACAGAUGAGCAGUCAAUACAUUGCUCAAAUAACAGAUGCGCUCAAAUAUUUGCAUGGCAAGCACAUCAUUUACCACAACAUUGACUUGGAGAACAUCCUUGUUGAUGUUCAUGGACAGGUUACGUUAGCGGACUUCAGUUAUAGCACUCAAACACGCAACCACCAAACAACUAUUUGUAGCACAACCGCUUAUUUGGCUCCCGAAUGUCAGGGCACACACCCUGACUAG